GUCAGUCAGCCGGAGAUGUGUCGACGUAAACGGUAACCCUCCCUCCACAAAAGCAGGCGACUGGCCCUUUAAGGGUUAUGUAGCCGGGCUAGCCGAUGUAGGACGAGCCGCCCGUGCGUCUGCCUGCCUGCGCUCCCGCUGCCAUCCCCCGUCAUGGCCUCCGCGCAGCCGACACCGACACCGACACCACCGAGGAUGAACCGACCAGCCAGCGGCCCUUCCCUUCCCGGAGCGGAGACGGACGUCAAGCCGAAGCAGAGGCACCGGUAGAGGCGAGCCGCGCCGGGGAGAGCCGCCUCACACCCCAUGCCACCCCGGUGUCCUCCAUGCCUUCGUCUAAAGCCAAGUACAACUAUUCGAUAAAGAGGGGCGCGAACCCGGGCGGCGGCGGCGGAAACAUGACAACGAACAGGGAUUAUUCCGUUAAUCUGUCGGUGCAGCAAGUGCUGAGCCUUUGGGUGCAAGGCACGACGCUGCAGCACUUCGCAGAGAUGUGGUACUGGGUGUUCCUGUGGUGUCUCUUCUCCUCGCUCUUCGUCCACGGGGCGGUGGGGCUGCUCAUGUUGGUCAUGCUGCAGCGCCACAAGAGGGGCCGCCUCAUCACCCUGGUGCUGGUCAGCGUCGGUUUCCUGGCCUCCCUCUCCGGAGGCGUCAUCACCAGCGCGGCGGUGGCGGGGGUGUACCGCGUGGCAGGGAAGGACAUGGCUCCGCUGGAGGCCCUGGUGUUGGGCGUGGGCCAGACCGCCCUCUCCGUCAUCAUAUCCUUCUCGCGCGUCCUCGCCACUCUGUGAGGCGGAACCUUCACUGGAAGAGCUGCAGCACAGACGCUGAGGCGAGAGCGAACCAAUAUGAGCCAAUCUGAGACUUUUUGGGUGGUUCGCAGACGGAAGAGGAGGCAGAAAAUGCUCUGGACCUUUUGGGGGCUGGAUGGCAGGAGCUUGAACGCCGAGGCAGAGUCGGCGCCAUCCUCAGCUCCUGGACUUGAAAGCCAUGUUCUUUGGGUGUUUCUAGAGUUGCAUCACUUCUUCGUGCCAACAGCCUUUUCUGGGACAUCCAGAUGCCUUUUAUGGCCACUGACUCUUGAAGGCUUUCUGUUGCACCUUUUGGGGGGGAGGGGUGAAUGCACCUCUUUUUAAAAAGAAAAAGAAACAGCAGAGUGGCGACCUGUAAUGAUGAUCUCGAACAAAAGUUGGGCAAUGUGUUCAGGUUGUGACAACCGACGUUUGAUCAUCAGCAAAAAACGCCAUGUUUCUUCAGUAUUGAACAUCAGCCUCACCUCUAGUUCCUCACAACGUCCAUUCCUUCUCCUUAAUUGUUUUUUUUUAAACUGCUCUGUCUGAGACGCAGCUUUGGAAUUUUGCACUUUGUAAAUGUUUGAGACGCCCUACGCCUAAUGUUGUGAGAAAUCAGUAGACGUGGAGGAGAAAAACCAGCAUCGGUGCUCUGUUUGUUCUGAAAUAUUGAUUCGAUGCGUGCCAAUGAGAAAACAGGAUUGGAGUUAAAGGAAUAUUUCGACAUAUUCAGUAAAAAGCCUCGUUGAUUUCUUGCUGAGAGUUAGAUGCGGAGAUGCCGCUCUCAUGUCUGUGCGAUAAAUACCAAGCAGAGAGUUAGCUUAGCAUAAGGAUUGGAAACAGAGGGGAAAAGCUAGCCUGUCUUUCUCCAAUGGCAGUAAAAAAUAUUCCUACUAGAACCUCUAAAUAUCCGUCAUUAACAUGUCAUUCAUCUCGUUUGUUAAGUCUAAAAUAAGUGUUUAGCCGUUCUGUCCUUGUUUUAUGUACCUGACUGUUUGUCCGCUGGGUGCAACAACUGUUGCAAGCCAACUAAUAACCCCUAUUAAAUCAGCAAAUUGCCGUAUUUACAGUUUGUUUAAAAAAAUCGAGAUGUCAAGGUAUUUAUCAGUGCGCUAAAGAGGUCCUGGUAGUAGGGUAGGGUACCGAUUACAUUUGAUCAGGUUUAGGUAGCUGUACCCUACGAUACUUUUUUUCGUUACUUUACUCUCUCUAAAAUAGUCCAAAAGAGUCUGAACUUCUCGAAAUCAACAUAGUUGAGCACACAGCUGCUCAUGCUCUCUCACCCAGACACUCUCUCAGGUACCAAAAUUUGGCACCGAUAGAUUUAACGUGAAUCGGUACCUGGUGGUGCUGACGUAUUUCAGUCCGUUACCUGAAAAGUACCAAGUUCAGUACCCAACAUUUUCUGGGAGGCAGACCCAGGCUAACUGUUUCCCCCUGUUUCCAAUCUCUGUGCUAAGCUAAGCUAACUGGCUGAUGCUUCCAACUACAUAUUUUUUUGGGGAAAACUUUAACUCACUCGUCAUGUCAGUACAUACAUGAAAUUUGACCACUGCAUGAAACCCAUCCUUAGCAUUUUAUGAGCAGUGGGCAACUGUAAAGCAACCGGGGAUGCAACUUGAAGUUCAGUGUCUCGCUCAAGGACACUUGGACACGUGGACAUGAUGAGAGGCGUAUCAACCUCUUUGGUUUAAGGAUCUCCUUGCACGGAGCCACAGCUGCUCGUACAGACUUGAGACUGGUGUCAAUUUUCUCGUCUACCUCUCAGUGGGAAAGAGAACAAGCGAUGAAAUGUUCCUUUAAAGCAGGCAGAGUCGGCCUGGAUGAGCCCUCAGAAGCGUUAGCACUGAGCAGGUUUGAUUUAGGUCCCGUUAGCUGAAGAUUAGCUUCCUCUUAUUCAGGUUUAAAGAAAGAUGGGGGGUUGUUUUGCUGCUCCGGAGUCACAUUUUCAGACAAACUGUUAUGUGUCUGGUGCAGAUGUUCAUUGUCUGCUACAGUGUGAAUUUCCCCGUGGAAAGCCAUCCCUCCCCGGUGAAGGUCGGACGGAUUCUGCUGCUCAAGACUGCCAUUUUUCUAUGGCUUCCUCUUUUCUCCGUGUUGUUUAUUAACCCAUGUUCCUUAAGUUUGUCUUUGCAUAUUGCACUGAUAUGAAUCUGCCUUGUUUUUAGCACAGCGUGCGCUGAUACCCCUCCUGGUGUGACCCAAUCCAGUACUCGCAGUUAUUAUACUCAGAAACCAGUAACGAUAGACUGAUCUUGUUUUGGUAAAGCAAAGUAAAAAAGAAUGUGUUUUGAAGUGGUUUUAUCGUGUUGAUAGAAAUUAGUUUGAGUUCUUUCACUGGGAUUAGAAAGAUACACUGUUUUUAAUUUAAGCUUAAUACCCAUGAUUCUCUCCUAAAAUUCAAACAGAUGCUUUUGUGUGCAGCAGGGUGAGAGGAGUCCAGUUGUGAUGCCAAAGUACCUCUAACGUUCUAGCUUUAUUUAUCAUCUCUGUGUUGUUUGAUUGAUAUCACAGCCACGGUUUAUUGCAAGUUGGCUGGACCCGCCGCAGGCUUGGCGCUGCAACUUGCAAAGUUUAUAUGAAUUUGACAAAGAGGAAGAGGAUGUUUGUGUCGUUGAGUGGUGUGUGAUUUUGCAGAUCUAAAGGUAAUAAUGUUCAUAUGAGGGAUCAUAUGAGUUAUCUAAUAGACGCAGCUCACCGUCAGUACCAGCUCAGCACACAAGAGGGCGAUAUUGCACAGAAAUUAAGUGGCAGCCUGAAUGCCUAGAAAAAGAUUGUGGAUUUUGAAAAGGAUGAAAGUGCUGCAGAGUAUUGGGAGUAAGGACAUUUGACAUAAAAAAAAGUUCUCUAUUCUAAUAUCCCCCCAAAAUUUAAGUGUAAAAUUAGAGUGACGUCAUCUGAGGUGUCGUCCCCCCCCCAAUCCACUAAACGCUCUGCACAUUGUCCACACUACCUUCUUUGAAUGUUUUAGCUCAAUUUCAGGGACCAAAUGUGAGUUGCUGCUGAUGACCUGCUGUCACGGCGACGAAAAUCUCUGUGAAUAUGUUUUUCUUGCGAUGCAGUUGUUGCAUGUCAGUAUGUACGUGAGUGUGCGGCCCAAUAGGAGACACGUGAGUGUCAUCACUGUGUAUUUGUUGUGUGUAUAGAAUUUAUUUUAUUUUAAAUUGAGAAUGGGGGAGGGUUGUCCAAAAUUCUUCAGCCGAAUCCCCCUGAAGCGUCAGAAUGAGUGAGAGGACAAGUGACGCCGUGUUCGGAGGGGCAGCUCACUGUCUUACAUAAUGAGUUGGAAACCUUUUUAUUUUUUGUUUUAGUAAUUACUUUUUUUUGUAUUUUAUUUCUGCCAAUGAAACUGCAAGAGACAUGACUGGAGUAACCACUGGAUAUUUUUGUGACGGGGUCGAUGGGAUCACUCAUGAUGACGACGGAUACUGUGGUUUUCCCGCCACAGGUUCUGUGAUUCAGCCGCCUUGCUAAGUGGCCGUGAGACUGCAACAUCUGAGGAGACACCCACCAACUACUAAUCCCCUCUAGACUUUUUAAAAAUGCCAUUGCACCGAGCUCAGUAAUCCUGUCUCUCUCAUAGGCUUCUAACUACAGCUGCCACCCCCCUCUCCUCAGUCUACUGUCGUCCAAAUGCCACACCCCCCCUUCUGACACUUAACUGUGUACCCGCAUGUGCAGUGCAGCUCAGACAACGUGUGAAUGGGACUCUACGGACAAUCCAACAAGAGACAAUGUUGUACAAAAACAAGUGGCACUUGUAGAUAAUGUACAAUAUGUUCUUUUUUAAAGUUUUUGUACCAGCCAAACCGCUGAUAUUUAUAACUAUUGCCUAUUUAUGUACAAAUUGUUCCUCCUGUAUAUACUCAACGGUCAGUUGGAUUAAAAAAAUCUUUUUGCAGUA